AUGAAGUUCGCUUUUGUUGUUUCCAUUCCAGAGACCAUGUUUCAUUAUGUUCUAGUUGCAAGCAAGAUUUUGGAGGAGUACAAAAAGUUUCCAUAUUUAGGAGCUCGCACCAUUACUCAUGAGAUGCGCCUGCCUAUUGAUGAAGCUGACAAAGUAAAAAAGGCGGGUAAGGAGGACAGUCCUAUUCCUAAUGAGGAGGUUCACAAUGAAGAUUUUCGCAACGAGGAUGAAAUCCUUCACAAUAAAGAGAACAUAUCCAAUCCUGAGAUAACUCAACCUUUUAAUGACUCUGUUCCUUCUCCACAUCCUUCACCUAAAACAACCUCUAUCCCAAUCACAAUCACUCCAUGGCCUCUAGUUUCUACACAACAGCAAACCAGUAUUCCUCUCUCCAUCCCAUUGUUCACAGAUUCAAUAGUUCCUUCCACAACCUCUGCCCCACCUUUUGUUUCAGUCAACGUAUCUGAUACGGGGGCUAACACUUUAGGCAUGCUCUCUGAUAUUCUUGAGACCAGGGAUUCAAUGCUCACCAUCACAGUUCGUAAGCAUUUGCUUGAGAAGGUGUGGCCAAUUUUUGCAAUACUUGAUAGGUUAGAAGGUGUUCUAGAAUCUGACUUCAUUCUGAAACAAGGGGGAGAAGGGGCUUCAAAGCAAUUUGAUCCAAAAAUUCCCAGAAAAGAACCUAAAGUUGCUGCUAAACAUGUUUCUCCAAUUCAACCAAUUGUCAAGAAAGAAUCAAAGAGCAAAGAAAAGUUGUUCAGUGAAGAGCCCAUUAUUGAUAAUGAAGAAGAAGAAGAAGAUUUGGAUGAAGAAGAACUCAAAAGGCAAAAGGCUCAUGAAGCAGAAUUGGAUGAAUACCAACGAAUCAUCCGAGAGGCUGAAGAAAAAGAAAGAGUUGAGAAAGUGUCUCAGGGUACUCUUCAAACCAACAAGCUUCUGUUUCCCGAAUGGACGAUGAAGCGAAUCUAG